AUGUCACAAGUUUAUGAUGACAGAACUAUUUGUAAUAAUAAAAUUUCAUUCAUCAAUAAUAAUUCACUUGAACAAUCGUAUCAUUUAACAUCACAUUUAGAUAAUAUUUGGAAUUAUUCAUAUAAUUUACCAAAAACUAAUUUUACUACUACUACUACCAAUAACAAUAAUAGUAGUAAUAUUGAUAAUGAUACAUUACCCAUGAAUUCAUUUCAUCUAUUGAACAAUGAACAACAAAUGGCGACUUAUUCAAAACAACAACAAAUUUUAUGGUUUGACAAUCCCUGUUAUUAUCAUCAUCAUCAUCAACAUUAUCAUAAUCAUUAUGAAAUGACUAGUUAUCCUUCAGUGAUGGAAGAUUUAAUUAUAGAAAAUGAUUUUUAUGAUAAUGAGAAAUAUUUUUCCAAUUUAUGUGAGAAAAAUAAUUCAUCAUUAAAUUUGGAACAAUUUAAUGAUUCAAUUAUGAAUUCCACCACUACAACCACUACUACUAAUAAUCAUGAUCAAACUACUGAUAUGAUAGAUGAAAUCAAUCCAUCCAUGUUAUCAUCAAACAUGAAAACAACGACAACAACAACAACACUCACGCCACCUACAACAACAACAACUACAACAUCAGCUUUAUUGGCUUAUUUAAAUUUAGAUAAAAUGCAAGUUAUUGAAAAUGUAAUGGAUUCAAACAAAAAUCAUCAUACUCAAUCAGAAUUAAAUUUGAUUCAUUGUUCAAAGAUUGUUAAAACAAAUAUCAAAUCAACUAAUAAAUCCACUGAAUCAUUUAAACUUACAAAUAAUACUAAUAAUAAUUUGAAAAAUUUUCAUAAAAUUGAUUAUGAUACCUAUUGUAAUACAUUGAAUUUGAAUAAUAUUAGUGCAGUAAAUUUAUUAAAAUCUUCUACAUCAACAUCAACAUCAUCAUCAGAAGAAUUACAAACUCAACGAUUUCUAGCUAAUGUUCGUGAACGACAACGUACUCAAUCAUUAAAUCAAGCAUUUGCUGAAUUACGUCGUAUUAUACCAACAUUACCAUCAGAUAAAUUGAGUAAAAUACAAACGUUAAAAUUAGCUACUCGGUAUAUUGAUUUUUUAUCUCAAGUACUUGAAACAUCCACAUCAUCUUCAAUGUCGUCAUCUUCAUCAACAGGAACAGUUCUAUCAUCCUCAUCAUAUAAUCAUCAAAAUGGUCAGUUGGACGUAUUCAUAGAUGACAUCUAUCCAAUAGCAAGUAAAUAUACUAUUCCUUGUUUAACUAAUAAUAAUAAUAGUAAUAAUAGUAAUAAUAAUAAUAUUAAUACACAGUUGAUUGAUUCUCCAUGUACACUAAAUGAUUUUAAUCCUAUUGAAAAUGUAACACCACAGUAUGACAAUAAUUUAAACAAAGCUAAUCAAUGUCACUAUGACCUUCAGUAUUAUAAUAAUAAUAAUAAUAGUAACAAUAAUAAUAGUUGUAAUAGUAAUUAUGAUGUACAUAAAUAUUUUGAAUUAUAUUCUGCUGUUCAAAAUAAUGUAAUGUAUAAAUUUAAUUUUAAUAAUUCUAGUCAACAAUCAUCUUCAUCAUCUUCAUCAUCAUCAUCGUCAUCGUCAUCAUCAUCACCAGAGUCGUCAUGUUCUACUGCAUCAAUAUCAGCAUCUGUAAAUGUUACGCCAGAAAUAACCACAUGUUGUAAUGAAAAGAAUAGAAGUAUUUGUACUACUAUUAGUAAUAGUACUCCUCCUCCUCCUCCUACUGCCAAUAUCACAGAUAAUAAGAAAUACAGAUUUGUAUCGAAUAAAUUUUCAUUAUCACAACCAGACCGGACAACAUCAAUCUAUUCAAAUCAAUGUUUAAGUGAUGCAUUUUCAGUAUGGUGUAUGAAAGGUGUAUGGUUAUCAACAAAUGGACAAUAA